AUGUCUACUAAGGAAGAGAAUUCUGCAAUAUGCAUUGAUGAAUGCAAAGAAUUAAACCAAGAAACACUUAAAGAUUCUGACACUACUAUUCUUUCAUCCUCAAAUCAAAUUAUAAAUGAACAAUCUUCACCCCAAAACAUUCAAAUUCCCUUGAAGACUACCACUUUUUCUACCUGUUGUUCACAAGGAAACUCACCAACUUCUGCUCCUUGUGAAUCUGCAUACUUUGAUGUGUAUGGAGUUUCAUCUAUAUCUGCUACAUCGAAUUGUUGCAUAAAAUCAACAACCAAACAACCUGAUAACAAUUAA